UACACAGUGUUACCCUAUAUUCUAUAUUAACGAAGGUCGAAACGAACAAUUUAAAAUGUCAACACAUUUGACAUUAAACGUCCAUAUAGAGGAAUCGCCAGUGUUUACUAAAAAUUGUUAUCUAAUAAAUGGAGACUAUGAAUAUUAUCACUAUUUAUGCGACGGAUUUGAUGAUAGGGGAUGGGGUUGCGGUUAUCGAACAUUGCAAACAAUAUGUUCGUGGAUGAAUCACAAUAUUGAGAAAAAAUGCCCUGUACCAUCAGUACGAGAGAUACAGACAAUCUUAGUUGAUUUAGAAGACAAACCAAUAUCAUUUUUGAAUUCUAGACAAUGGAUUGGCAGUUUUGAGGUAUGUCUAGUUAUAGACAGACUAUAUGACAUCCCAUGCAAAAUAAUUCAUGUGAAUAAAAAAGAAAGUUUAGAAAGUAUAGUGGAGGUUCUUAAAGAUCAUUUUAUUCGCUUUGGUUCACCAGUGAUGAUGGGUGGUGAUGUGGAUUGUUCCUCUAAAGGCAUUAUGGGGAUUCAUGUAAAUGGUGCUGAAUCCAGCUUGUUAAUUGUAGAUCCACAUUAUGUUGGUAAAGAGCAGACAAACAAUUACUUGCAGAGUAAAGGAUGGGUGAAAUGGCAACCACUUAAAGAUUUCUUGUUAUCAUCUUUCUACAAUUUAUGUUUACCUCAAAUAAAAGCUAAAUGUCUAAUGUAAAGUAUUUUAAAUAAAACAAUUGUUCUUACA